AUGUUAUUCGUGUGGGAGCGUAUCAUAUUGAACAAAAUCGGUGUAUCAAACUAUGUUGAAAAUGUGGUUCGGAAUGCAGUUAAGCGACCUUCAUUGGCCGGAAAUGCUUCGGACCCAGGCAUUCGGCCACCCCUGCCUAUGGCUCUGCCUUAUGAAUCAGUGUCACCUUGGCUCGAUCAAUCCCGGUCUAUUCCUGUCAACGCCCAACUGCCAUCGCUAUCUCCGCUAAGAAUGGACCGUAUCGCUUCUGGCUUCCAAGAAAUUGCUUUAAUCAAGCUAGACGAUAUUUCGUUGGAUAAGGCAAUCUUUAUGGACCGAGCUGUGCAGAAUAGCCCGCCAGUGAUGUCAGUCACGGGGAUAGCUCGCAGUAGAAAAUUCUUCCGUCAAAGGAAUUCCUUCGAAGAUGAUGGCACCCAUGUCCUCGUAGUGCCGGGUCACGUGUCCACAGCGACACGUGGACGCAGGCCAUUGUUCUCCAGAGAAUCUCUUCAGGUGUCAUAA